CGACAACAAACGAAACACACGACAUCAAGACCACUGAAGACUCCACCACUUUCAACCUUCAUCAUGGAGUCAACCGCAAGUGGUCAGUCUGUUGAAAUCUUCAAGGAGCUCGAGGAGUAUCCCUGGGACAAGGAUAAGGAAUUCCAGGGCGGACUUGCAGCAAUCCUCGGUCCAAAUCCCCAACCCUCCCAAAUCCACGACCUCACCCUCCGAGCUCAGUGCUUCUACCUCUCCCGCAAGCGAUCCAUCCCAAUCGACUUCAACCAGUACAAAGAAUAUCUCAUGUCCAAGCCCGAGACAUCUACUAUGUCAGCUUCGGCACCUCCACCACCUCCCCAUAACAACCACAACAUGGCAUCCUCCCACUUAGCCGACGUCGAAAUCGAUGACCCGAAGGCAGCACCUUACCCCCGCUCCUUCGCCGAAAUCGUCGAGCUCAUCACCUCUGGCAAACCCAUCCCAGGCAUCAAGGAGAUUCACACCACUGUGUGUCCAGAGCUCGCCACCAAGCCAAUCCUGCCGAAGCGUCGAAAGCCGUGGGAGAAGGAUGUUCCGCAAGAGCAGAUUGAUGGAAAGAUUGGCGGCUUGUUCGGUGAUCACAGGGAUAUUCAUAUCUCGCAGGAGUACCCCGAUGCUUGAGCGUCUAACGUCAUGCGGAGUUGGGCGUUCAUCCUUAAAGUGUGGCAACCUCCUUGCUGCUCUUACUUAUCAUUAACGGUGCUUAAUUGUUUACGAGGGAUGGCGUUUACUCUGAAAGAUACGAGUGGGGAAGAUAUUAUCUCUCGAGUAUGGCAUGAUACAUGGCGUUGACUUAUAUUUUGGGAUCGAACUUUGCGUUGCAUUAUGAUGCUUAUCAGCUAUCUUUACCUCAAAAUGAAUCCAAGCAUAUUAGCAAUCC